AUGGACAGCGCUGUGGACAGGCUGGACGCUGCGGGUUUUUUACAAAUCUGGCAACAGCUUGACGUGGAUGACAGCGGGUUCAUCGAAGGGAAGCAGCUGGCCGCCUUCUUUCAACACAUGAUGGAAAGACUUGGGAUGAAGAGAGAGCAGAUAACUGAGGACAAAAUCAGAGGACUGAGAGAGAGAUUCAUGUCUGCGUAUGACACCGCAGCUGACGGACGUCUGCACAUCCAAGAGCUGGCCGCCAUGAUGCUGCCAGAGGAAGAAAACUUCCUGCUUCUGUUUCGCAGAGAGACGCCGCUGGACAACAGUGUGGAGUUCAUGAGGAUUUGGAGAAACUACGACACAGACAGCAGCGGCUACAUCUCAGCCAUCGAGCUCAAGGGCUUCCUUCAGGACCUGUUCCUCCAACACAGGAAGUCCAUCACUCCUGAAAAACUGGAGGAGUACACUGACACCAUGAUGAAGAUGUUUGAUAAAAACGGGGACGGCAGACUGGAUUUAAAUGACCUGGCCAGAAUUUUGGCCCUGAAAGAAAACUUCUUACUGAAGUUUAAGAUGGACGCCUGCAGUCAGGAGGACAGAAAGAGAGACUUUGAGAAGAUAUUUGCUCACUAUGAUGUUAGUAAGACAGGUGCGUUGGAGGGUCCUGAGGUGGAUGGAUUUGUCAAGGACAUGAUGGAGCUGGUGAAGCCCAGCAUCAGUGGAACAGACCUGGACAAGUUCAGGAAAGCCCUGAUGGGUCACUGUGACAUCAAUGGAGAUGGAAAGAUCCAGAAGAACGAGCUGGCUCUCUGCCUCGGCCUCAAACUCAGCUAA